GCAACAGCAACGGCAACAGCAACAGCAACGGCAAACGACGCCGGCGCCGGCGCUAGCCAUGGCCGAUGGGUUUUCGCAGUCAUCGUCGUUGUCGCCGUCGUCGAAGUCGAAGCAUCGUGCUCAAGUCAAGAGCAGCAAAAUCACACGCAGCCAGCAUAACACAAAUUUCAGUCGGCUUUUUCACGACGCGCCCGCGGUUGUUAUUCAAACCAGAGCAGAAGUUUUUUGCUUGUUCACAUAUUAAAUUGCAUCGCUUUGGCCUGUUAUUUAAUUUGCAAAAUAUAAUUCAAUAAAAACUAAUUGUGCAAUAAGUAAAGUAAAAUGUGUGGCAACUAAAAAGAAAAGCGUGGCAAAGGAAUUUUUAAGCUGUUGUUGAGCAUGGACUAAGAAGGAUUACCAGCGCAGCAGGACAUUGCCAGGCGACAAGUGAAGGCCACACACACAAAGUGGAAGACUACAUCUCACAGACAGUUCAGUUCAAGUUGAACAUUGACAAUUUGACAGCAGGAGAGCAAGAUGUUUGAUGCAACCUGGUUGCCCACCGCCUGCGGCUCUUUGGCGCCCGCAUUGCUACCGCCUGCUCACAUUGUCAUCUUGUGGUACUUUUGGGAGAACUAUUCACGCUAUGUGGACCGACAUUUCUGCAGUUGCUCAUGCUGGGACACGGUGUUCAAGGGCCCCUACGAGUCGGGAGUGGCCGCCUACAAGCACAUGUACUUCAAUGCCACGCCCAACAGCUUCAAGAUGUGGAUACUCACCGUGUUUGCCGUCAUUGCGUUCUACGAGUGCAUCAAACGUCUGAUUGCCCUGAUCCUGCAGCAACGUGUGCGCUACUCAAUGUUGUUCCUCUUCCUGUUGUCCAUCUUCUCGCAUUACUAUGCCUGGUGGGCGUACAUCAACUAUUACAACGAUGACUACUACAAACAAUGGAAUCACCAGCUCUUCUUCACGAUAACAGAGUUGUUCUCCACGGUGCUGGUUAUGCAUCUGGCCAACACCACGAAUGUAGUAAAGCCCAAGAAAGUGUUCUGCAUCGUGGGCAUCGCUUUGCUGCACAUACUCGCUGGCAGCUUUGAUCAGUUCUUUCUGAAUGUGGUGCGUGGGGAGGGAGCAGCUCAUCAAGUGGUGCGUGAUAUUGGCUUCAUGUUUCCGGACUUAUUGCAUUUGUUUGUGCCGCUUUGGCUGCUACGCAAGGCACGCAAAGAGAACUUUGCCACACGUCCCUUUAACCGAGAUCGCAAGCUGCAUCGCGAUAUUGUGGCCAUGUUGUGCAUGGUGUCGAUCAUGUUUGGGAUCUGCUCGAUUUUGUGAGAACGAAUUCUGAUGGGCGCCCACGAGGAGAUGUAUGGCAAGAUAAAGCCCGCCCAGGAUACUGCGUUGAUGCUGCUCAAUCGCUAUCGCAUGCUGGCGAACAACAAUGUGCACAACUAAACAACGAGAACGAGAAUCCGAACUGUGGACAAUAUAAGCUACACUACUUGGCAAGUCAGUAAGUGUGUGGAGCGCUAAAACACGCUCUAAUUGCUUCUCAUUUCAUUGUUGUUUUGCUACUUUUGACGAUUUGUGAUAGUUUAUCAUUUUUGGGUCAAAAAAAGUAUAGAGAAAAGGAAUAUCCAAAGCAUAUAUACUAAGUAGUAUCAACUAAAUACUAAUCAAAGUACAUAAUCAAUAUGGCAAAAAAUUGUUGGCUUCCAUUUGUAGUAACGUUGACCGAAGCUCUCUAACUGUUAAAACAUAUCCAAAAAUCCCCAAAAACACACAAUGGCACUAGGCACAAUUAGCAGAUGAUAGCAUUAUCCAUCUUUAACAAACAAACGCUGGCUGGGUGCAGCUAAACGAUCAGUAAAAAAUAAAACGAAAACGAUUAUCCAACAUUUGAAAAUACUUAAAAAAUAAGUACAACGAAUGAAUAAUUAGCAUAAGCUGUGGCAACCGGCGUAAAUACGUAUUGAAUAACGACCUCAACUCGACAUACUCAACAUAUAUAGAACAUAUAGUAUAUUGCCAAGUAUUUGCAUAUUUUGUAACCCACCCAGUGUUAUUUCUACAUACAUAUAACAUUUAGUAUCUUAGCGUUAGAUGCGAUUUAGACUGUUGUUGGAUAAUAUAGUAUUAUUAUACACAGACACGAACAGAAAUAUUCCAGUACCAUAGUAGAGAAGAAAACCUAAUAAAUCUAAAUAAAUUACAACAAAUCAUAAUAAACGAAUACCCGUAGUAAUCAAAACUAGCGUUAAACGAUAUUGUUAUAAAUAAACUACAUGGAAUAGCCUAUAAAAAAAAGAACACAAAACAAAAUUAUGUAUACAUCCAUACACACACAAAUACAUAUACAAAUACAUUUACAUAUAUUUUUAGUAUACAACAUUAUAUUAAAUAAACAUUAAGAGACUGAAAAAAAGAGAACAAUC